CUCAGCGUCCCUCCCCUCAUGAGGGCAGCGCCGCCGCCAUUACCUGCAGCUCGGCCCUCUCCGCUUCCCAGCGCCCUUUCUCCGCCUCGAACCGCGCCCACUCGUGCUGGAUGAAGUGCAGGAUGCCCGGCAGGCUGAGGCCGCGCCACCGCGUGCUCACCGCUGGUACUGCAGCCACCAAAGAACCGACCGCAACCACGCCUCCAAACUAACGAAUUACUAACUAACCGACCACCCAACUAACCAACGAACCACCCAAUUAACUAAUUAACAACCUAAUCGAUGAGUUAUUAACCCCCCCACCAUGAGAAUCACGCCCUGCCAGGCCGCCCUGGCCGCCGCCAUCGCCCUCAACCUCCUGCUGCUGCUCUGCUCCCGCCUGGCGCCCGCCGCGUCCCCCCGGUGCCGCCAGCCCCGGCGCGGCGCCGCCCCCGACGGCGUCCCCGGCGUCACCGUCAUCCUCCGCGACUUCGACGGCCCCGACCACGACGUGGCGGCCACCGCCCGCUCCUUCGCCGCCCUGCCCGGCGUCCCGGUGCUGGUGGCGGCCGAGGUGUCGCCGUACCCUCCGGUGCCGCUGCCGGCGGGCGCGGCCGUGCUGUCCCUGCGGCCGCAGCCGCACCGGCCUCCGCCGCGGCCCGAGCUGGCGGUGCGGACGCGCCACGUGGCUCUGGUGCCCGACGGUGCCCGCGCCGUGCCCGGCUUGCUGAGGCGCAUGAGGGACGCCCUGGAGGCCGCCUCGGAUGGCACCGUCCGGCGUCCCUCCCCUCAUGAGGGCAGCGCCGCCGCCAUUACCUGCAGCUCGGCCCUCUCCGCUUCCCAGCGCCCUUUCUCCGCCUCGAACCGCGCCCACUCGUGCUGGAUGAAGUGCAGGAUGCCCGGCAGGCUGAGGCCGGCCGCCCUGGCCGCCGCCAUCGCCCUCAACCUCCUGCUGCUGCUCUGCUCCCGCCUGGCGCCCGCCGCGUCCCCCCGGUGCCGCCAGCCCCGGCGCGGCGCCGCCCCCGACGGCGUCCCCGGCGUCACCGUCAUCCUCCGCGACUUCGACGGCCCCGACCACGACGUGGCGGCCACCGCCCGCUCCUUCGCCGCCCUGCCCGGCGUCCCGGUGCUGGUGGCGGCCGAGGUGUCGCCGUACCCUCCGGUGCCGCUGCCGGCGGGCGCGGCCGUGCUGUCCCUGCGGCCGCAGCCGCACCGGCCUCCGCCGCGGCCCGAGCUGGCGGUGCGGACGCGCCACGUGGCUCUGGUGCCCGACGGUGCCCGCGCCGUGCCCGGCUUGCUGAGGCGCAUGAGGGACGCCCUGGAGGCCGCCUCGGAUGGCACCGUCCGGGUGGUGGCGGCGGCCGUGGGGACGCGGCGGCCGCGGUGCUUGAGCUUGGAGCUGGACGUCAAAGCGUGGACGGCGCGCUACGGCCACGCUGAGCACAGGGGUGACCACAAGGGUGACCACAAGGGUGACCAGAAGAGUGACCAGAAGAGUGACCAGAAGAGUGAUCAGCGUGGUGAUCAGCACGGUGACCACCCCGGUGACCAUCCCGGUGACCUCUGCGGCGCUCUGGAGGGCGCCCCGGUCGUUCUCCUCCUCCGCACCCGCGACCUGUUCUCGCUGCCCUUCCCUCUGUCCCGCCCCGUCUCCACCUCGCUGUCCCUCCAGGCCGCCGCUCGGGGCUGGCGCCUCCUCCUCCUCCCCGCCGCCUUCCCCUCGGCGCCGCGGCCUCCCCCGUCCCCUCACGCCCUGUGGCGAGCCCGCGCCGCCUCGGACUCCCUUCGCCGGGCGCUGCUGGACGAUCUCGGCGUGAAGCUGGAGGUGCUCCCCGACGGCUCCCGGCGCUGGCACGGCUGCGGCAAGGACACGGCGCGGUGCUUCGGCACGGUGCGCGGGCAGACCCCCGAGUACCUGCUGGCGGGCCGCUGGACGCCGCCGUGCUGCCUGCGGGCGCUCCGCGCCACCGCCCGCCACGUCCUGGCGCAGCUGGAGGCGCACGGCGUGCGGCACUGGCUGGAGGGCGGCUCCCUGCUCGGCGCCGUGCGCCUCGGAGACCUCAUCCCCUGGGACUACGACGUGGACGUGGGGCUGUACCGCGAGGACGUGCCCAAGUGCCCGUGGUUGGCACGGGUGGCGUCGUCGGGACUGCCCGUGGAGGAUCCCGAGGGGUUCGUGUGGGAGAAGGCGGCCGAGGGGGAGUUUUACCGCGUGCAUUUCAGCCGCGCCAACCGGCUGCACGUGGACCUGUGGCCGUUCUACGCCCGGCCGGGCACGGGCACCAUGACCAAGGACUGCUGGCUGGGGCACCCGCAGGACGUGGAGUUCCCCGAGCGCUUCCUGGUGCCGCUGGGCACGGUGCCCUUCGCGGGCGUGCGGGCACGGGCGCCCAACGAGCCCCGCGCCUUCCUGGAGCUCAAAUUCGGGCCCGGCGCCAUCGAGAGGCCCGAGUACCCCAACCCCGCGCUCCGGAGGCUGGCACAGGACCUGGGCAACGAAACCGAGUGGUGACAGCUGUGCCAGUCUGUGUGCCACCCUUGGGGUCACCCUUGGUCUCCCUGUGC